AUGCACUGCAAGUUAGCAGAACUCAUGGAGACUGCACGAGUGGAGCCCGGCUCGUGCGUCCCCCAGCGUGGAUGGAAUUCUAGGAAGGAGGUUGUUCUCCUGGCCAAAAUGAAACACCCCAAUAUUGUUGCCUUUAAAGAAUCAUUUGAAGCUGAAGGACAUCUGUAUAUUGUGAUGGAAUAUUGUGAUGGAGGGGACCUAAUGCAAAAGACUAAACAUCAGAAAGGAAAGUUGUUUCCUGAAGAUACGAUACUUAACUGAUUUGUGCAAAUGUGCCUUGGAGUAAAUCACAUUCACAAGAAACGUGUGUUACACAGAGAUAUCAAGUCCAAGAAUAUUUUCCUUACCCAAAAUGGGAAAGUAAAUCUAGGAGAUUUUGGAUCUGCCUGUCUCCUCUCCCAUCCCAUGGCAUUUGCUUGUACAUAUGUGGGAACACUGUAUUACGUACCCCCAGAAAUUUGGGAAAACAUGCCUUGUAAAAAUAAAAGGAAGUGAUCUACUUAUUUGGGACACUGGUCCUUGGGCUGCCUUCUCUCUGAGCUCUGCCCCCUCCAGCACCCGAUGAGUGCAAAUAGUUGGAAAAGUUUUCUCCUCAAAAUAUUUCAGGGGUCUGUGAGCCCACUGCCAUCUCAUUAUUCCUGUGAGCUUCAGCACCUGAUCAAGCAGGAGUUUAAGAAGAAUCCCUCGCAGCGCCCCUCAUCUACAAGGCUUCUUCGAGGCAUCUUCGCGUGGCUUCUCCAGAAGUGCUGGCCCCCAGCGAUCGUCAUAGAGUAUGGUUAGCAGAUAUUAGAAGAAACCAAAAAAUCUAAGCAUAGUUCACCAAGAAAAAAGGGCCCCAGCAGGGGCAAGACCGCCUCGGAAGCGAGGCUCCUGCGUGGCACGACUGGCUUCCACCAAAGCUGUAGCGACUUCCCGGAUGGUGGCAGCCGGUCCACAUCCCAGCUCAGCCCACCCCAACUUGAAAGAACAUUGCUGUUAGAUGGGAGUUGGAACGUGAAAAGAAAAAGAAACACUUCUGGGAAAGCCAGCUCCCCACAUGCUCCCAGGCGGCAGCGGAAGAGAAAUGCCUCCAGUGCGGUUCUGGGAGCUGCGUCCGUGCUCACCUCCAGCGGGACAGGGGAAGAGACAGGUGGCCCUGUAGUCAAGUACACUGAGCAUAAUGCCCAUAAACAGUGGCUCAAGGAGACUCCAGAAACCUUGCUGAACAUCCUUAAGAAUGCCAAUCUCAGCUUGGCGUUUCAGACAUCCACGGUAUAUAGACCAGGUUCAGAAGGGUUCUUGAAAAGCCCCCUGGCUGAAGAAACAGAGGCAUCAGACAGUGUUGACGGAGGUCAUGAUUCUGUCAUUUUGGAUCCAGAGAGACUUGAGCCCAGGCUGGAUGAGGAGGACACGGACUUUGAGGAGGAAGACAGCAGUCCUAACUGGGUGUCAGAACUGAAGCGGCGAGCUGGCUGGCAGGGACCGUCUGAUGGUAAGACCUGCUUCUGGGUAGUGACCAGUGAUCUGCAGUGACCUUCAGUUCCCAGCCAUCCUUAGAUACAGCCCCCCACGGAUGCACGUGCCAGCCACGGGAAGGGUGGAGUGGGCUGCAGGACUUGUCCAAAGUUAGCAGGCCGGUUAUAGGAGAAAAGAAGAGGCCAAAGGUGAGGGGUCUAUGCGGGAAAUACCAAGCUAGAGAGUGCUGGGGAGCAAUGGUGUGGGCAUCCCAGUGUGCAUGGGUGUCGUGACACACAAGGUGGGUCUGGUCAUUCAGUCCUCCUAUGCUUAUGGGGGGAGACUCUUUUACUAAACAAGAAACACACUCCUCCCAGGAGACCCCACAGGGGCCAGUCUGGGAGCAGCACUGACCCAGGGUGGGGUCAAUGGUCAAGUGACAGUGGGGAAUUUAUAGAACUACAGUAGGAGCGUUCAUAACAAUCUACUGAAAUGUGAAUGCGU